AUGAUAAAAAGCUGGACCCGUGUUGUUAAAAGAUCGGCCUCGCAACUAUCUGCUACGCAAUUCAAACGUAUUAUUGGUGCGUCAUCAAUCCAAUCAAACUCUAGUUACUCUACUGAUUCAUUAGAACAACAGUACAAGGACAAGCUUUUGGACAAGGCUCGCGAACAAGGUUUUAAUAGCAUUGAGGAACUUAAGAAUUCUUUGAAAGAAGAAAUUGAAAAGAAGAAACUCGAGUUAAACAGAAUUGAUCCACUGAAAGAAUUGGAAGACUACGAACAAAGAACCAAAAUGUCAUCUAACAUUGCUAAGUCCCGUGGUCCGAUUGAUCCAUCUAUGCCAAAACAGCCGUUUAAGACUUUGGACAGCUUUUUGGAUGUGGAAAAAGUGAAAAACCUCUCUAAACAAGAAUGCGAAUUUCUUUGGAGAGCCAGAUGGGCCAAUAAGGACAAUGUAUUGAACGCUGUUGUUCCAAUCGAUAUCUGGGAAAAGAUCAGUGCCUUAGCCAAAGAAAACCCAUUCUUCGUUAUCCCUUUGCCAAGAGAGCGUGCAGUUGAAGAAACUGCUGCUGAAUCUGCAGAGAAACAAGAACCGGCCAUGGAAAUGCAUUACAUUCAGUGGCAAUUUGUAGGACCUAAAACCGUCCACUGUAUUAUGACUACUCUAGCAGAGUAUAAAUUGCACAAAGAAUUUGCAAGACCUCAUACUACUCUACAGUUCCACUUGGAUUUGGCCAAGGAAAAGAACAUUGUAUUGAUGAACGGCCAAGUUGAAUCUGAUUCUAAUGUUUCCCUACCAGAAUCUCAACUAUUGCUUUUGAACGUUCAAAGAUUCUAUGGUGCUAUGGGACAAGACUCCGGGUUUGCCCAAAAGAGGGUCCAACUUUUGAAGGAUUUUACCAACGGAUCUCCAAACUUCAAUGUUGAUCUAUUAGUUGCUCUUUCUCAAGUUAUGGAGUAG